CACACCCGGCCCGAGAUGGCGUCGGCGACGGCGGCGGCGUCGGCGGCGGCGGCGGCGGCGGCGGGGGACUCCGAUUCCUGGGACGCGGACGCGUUCUCCGUGGAGGACCCGGUGCGGAAGGUGGGGGGCGGCGGCACCGCCGGCGGGGACCGCUGGGAAGGCGAGGACGAGGACGAAGACGUCAAGGAUAACUGGGAUGAUGAUGAUGACGAAAAAAAAGAGGAAACUGAAGAAAAGCCAGAAGUCAAAGUUUCAGAAAAGAAAAAAAUAGCAGAGAAGAUCAAAGAGAAAGAACGGCAGCAAAAGAAAAGGCAAGAAGAAAUUAAAAAGAGGUUAGAAGAACCUGAAGAACCUAAAGUGCUAACACCAGAAGAACAAUUAGCAGAUAAACUGCGACUAAAGAAAUUACAGGAAGAGUCAGACCUUGAAUUAGCAAAAGAAACCUUCGGUGUUAAUAAUACAGUUUAUGGAAUAGAUGCUAUGAACCCAUCUUCAAGAGAUGACUUCACAGAGUUUGGAAAGUUACUAAAAGAUAAAAUUACACAAUAUGAAAAGUCACUAUAUUAUGCCAGCUUUUUGGAAGCCUUAGUUCGUGAUGUGUGUAUUUCAUUGGAAAUUGAUGACUUGAAAAAGAUUACCAAUUCAUUGACUGUGCUGUGCAGUGAAAAACAGAAGCAAGAAAAGCAAAGCAAAGCCAAAAAGAAGAAGAAAGGUGUGGUUCCCGGAGGGGGCUUGAAGGCCACCAUGAAAGACGACCUGGCAGACUACGGCGGUUAUGAUGGAGGAUACGUACAAGACUAUGAAGACUUCAUGUGACCGCGCUCUUCCCUGCUGUCUUCUUUCUGUUGCCCACAGUCCCGUCAACAUGUAGCACAACUUCUUUCCUUUCAGUUCUGCCAAAUGCUCCAAUCAGAAGUGCAGUAUCUUUGUGCCGGUUAUUUAACCCCUUGACUCUUAGGUGCUAACGUGCAAACGAGGGAACUUGGAUCUUGCUGCCAAGGGGUUAAAAUUGGGAACCUCAGUUGCUACUAAAUCAUAGUUUUAAAAUAAGUCCUAAUGAUGUCAUUGUUGCUGAUUCCACAGCAGCAGUCACUAAAUUGGAAACAAGGUCGCAACGUGACAAAAUUGUGUAGUGUUUACCAGCACCAUCCAGUAAUACAGCCUUAACCAUACCUCCUUGAACGACUUCAUAACUUGUCAAGAAAAGCAGUUUGCAGCAAGGGCAUGUGGCGUGCACCUAGUAUUAAAAUUGCUUUGUCUUAAAAUUGAGCGUGAGGAUUUUAAAAAUACCUUGUGAAGAAGACUGCUUAUCUCAGAGUGAAGAUACUGCGGCUGAAAAGCCACUAGUUUGAUACUUAAAAAUUAAAUGACCAAAACCCUCCAACUUCUGAAAGUGAAGAAGGUAAACCUCUCCAUUAUUGCGUUUCAGGUUGUGGAAUCUCGAGUGCAGAGACUGUCUAUUUAUCCGAAUAUUCCUGCUGAUGGAGGGCUCUGGCUGGGGGAGGGAGCUCCGCCCGUGGUAACCGCCUGCUCCGAGGGCUCUGGCUGGGGGAGGGAGCUCCGCCCGUGGUAACCGCCCGCUCGGAGGGUCUGGGCAGCGAGUCUCCUCUGUUCUCCUGGGCUGCGGCCGAACAGCGUUAACAGGGUUCUGGCAUUUUCCUUUAUAAAACAUGCUCAGCAAACUGCACCAGUUAACUACGGUUUGGUAAAUUGUUAUGUUAACAAUUAUGACAUCUGCAGUGUUUUAUAAAGCAACUAAUUUAAUAAAAUCACUAUUGUGAAAACUUAA